AUGUCAGACCCAUUCUCCAUCAACGGGGGCGCUGCCGUCGCCAUGGUCGGCAAAGACUGCAUUGCCAUUGCUUCGGACUUGCGGUUGGGCAAUCAAUCGCUCGGGUUGGCCAACGACUUCGAGAAGAUCUUCCUGUACGGCGACAAGUGCUACAUGGCAUUGACGGGGCUUGCCACCGACGUGUUGACGUUGAAGGAUACAUUCACCUUGAAAACUAACUUGUACAAGUUGCGGGAAGAGCGGAAUAUUGAGCCCAAGACGUUGGCAAACUUGGUGUCGUCGACCCUUUACGAAAGACGUUUUGGCCCCUACUUUGUCGGCCCCAUUGUCGCCGGGUUGGACAGCAAAACCAACAAGCCUUUCAUCUGUGGCUUUGACUCCAUUGGGUGUAUCGAUUUUGCCAAGGACUUCAUCGUGUCUGGUACUGCUAGCGACCAAUUGUACGGUAUGUGCGAGUCGCUUUACCAACCGGACUUGGAGCCCGAGGACUUGUUUGAGACGAUCUCGCAGGCCCUUUUGAACGCCGUUGAUCGUGACGCGUUGUCGGGGUGGGGGGCUGUCGUCUACAUCGUCACCAAAGACCAGGUGAUCAAGCGUAAGUUAAAAACCCGACAGGAUUAG